AUGUCAGGCCGUCUUCAAGGAAAGACCGCAAUCGUCACAGGCGGCGCAUCAGGCUUCGGCAAAGGCAUCGCCACAAAAUUCAUCUCCGAAGGCGCCAACGUCAUAAUCACAGACCUCAACGGCCAACAAGGCCAAGCCGUCGCCCAAGAACUAUCCUGCGCCUUCACCCAAGCAGACGUGACCAACCCCGAUGACUGGCGCCGCGUUCUCGAGUUUGCUAUUGAUGAGUACAAACAGCUCGACAUCGUCGUCAACAAUGCUGGCGCUGCUUACUCCAAGAAGCCAACUGAAGAUGUCACGCCCAAGGACUUUGACCUUGUGAUGAAUGUCAAUGUAAAGAGUGUUUAUUACUCUACUAAUGUGUUGGUGCCGUACUUUUUGAAGGAGGGCAGACCGGGGUGUUUUAUUCAGGUUGCGAGUACGGCGGGUAUUAGACCUAGGCCUGAGUUGACGUGGUAUAAUGCCUCGAAGGCGGCUGUUAUUAAUGCUACCAAGACGAUGGCGGUUGAGUAUGGACCCAAGCAGAUUCGGUUCAACUCUGUUUCUCCUGUUGUUGGAAGCACUGGCAUGUAA